UCUCUCUUCUGUUAGGUACUUAGGUAUACAGCGUCUGGGUUGCGCGAACGCCAUUGCGAGUUCCGAUCGAUUGCCUUUGUCUGUAGUGACUGAGCUUUCCUCUUUCUCUUCUACUCCAAGGGCGUAGACUCGACUUCCGUCUGGAGCAUCUGUCACUUGAUUCUGCUUCAAUUUUUUGGAAGUUGUCCUUUUUCCAGUAGUCAUGUCUAGCCCUGCCAAAGAAGAUCUUCCUAAGGUGCCCAACGACUUCAAGAAUGAGCUGGGACAGUUCAAUGCUGCUAAGUUGAAACAUACAGAAACUAAAGAAAAGAAUUGCUUGCCUUCCAAAGAAGAUCUUGAACAAGAAAGGCAGCAUUUUGAGUUCUUAGAAGGUGUUAAUAAGUUUAAUAGAGGAAAACUUAAGAGAGCUGACACCUUGGAAAAAGACGUCUUGCCCACAAAAGAAGAUAUUUUGCAAGAGAAGCAACGUCAAGAUCUAGUUACUGGUGUAUCGACCUUCAACAAAGCCAAAUUGAAACGAACUAACACCAAGGAGAAGAUAGUUUUGCCUACAAAAGAAGUGCUAACUCAAGAGAAAGUUUAUGAACGGAAAGCUCAAGUUCUACAAGGUGUGACCGGAUUUGACCGAAGUAAACUGAGAAAAACUAAGACAGUAGUUAAAAAUGUUCUACCAUCUAAAGAAGUGAUUGACCAAGAAAAGGGUACUGCUGCUUAAAAUCUUUCUGCUCACCUAGAAAUUCAUUUGUAGCUCUUGGGCUCCAUUUACUGUCAAAUUUUUGGAUGUAAGAAAUGAUGAAAUUUAAUUAUUACGACCGUUUUUUUUUACUGACUAUACCACUUUUCUCUUUUUACUUCUUUAUAUAAAGUAUUGGUAUUAAUUGUUGACCAUACCGAUGUGUUUGCCAACUGUCAUUUUCAUCAUGAAAUGGUGCUUGCGGGAUUUUAUUUGAAUAAAAAGUUUUCACAACAUAUCAUAGCUUUGGAAUUUAUAGUCAAUUUUUAGCUACAAUUUGUCAUCAGUUACAGAAAUGCUUUUGUAAAAAAAUUUAAAACGGACAGUAUGUUUUGUACUUUUUCUCAAUAAUUGGUAGUUAAUCAUGGCAUUAAAUCUAGAGUACAUUUUAUAAAUGUAUUUUCUAUCUUAAGUGUAUCUGAUAUCUGGAAUUGCUCAAAACGUGUUGAUUUAUGAAGUAUAAAAUUUAUAAUUUAGAGAGCUAAACUGACCAAAGCUCUGUGCGCGUCACGCUUUUCAUAGCAAUGAAAUUCUUUUACAGUAAGACGUAAAUACAUUUAAUAUGCAACGCUAAAUCUUUACAAUCAACUUGAAAUGACUUUUUCCUUUUAAUUGAAUUGUGUUGAAAUUUACUUGAAGCAACAUUACUGAUAACAAAAGGAAAAAAAAUUCUCACUAUUUUAAAAUUAAGUGUUGUUGAGUUCAUAAUCAGCACAAAUACUAUUUUGUAUGCUUGUACUUUGUUCAUAUGUUACAUCUGAUUCAUUGCCUGAAUUACGUUAAAUUUAAAAACAUUUUUGUCAGUCAUUGCAUUUAUUCUAGUCUUAAAAUAUUCAUUUUAUAAAGUAAAUAAAUCCUGUUGUGUUUUGAUGAAAUUUGUACAGUGAAGCAUCAAAACACAUUUUUUAUGUGUUUUUUGUCUCUUUGAUUACGUACUUAAAGUGCAAAUUUACGAAAUAAUAUUGUGAACUUAUUGAAGAGGAUUAACUUUCAAAAUAGGGGCAUUAAUUUUUAAUUGUUUUCGAAAUAAUAAGUAGCGAUAAAAGUUCAUUAAAAGAAUAUAUUUAUUUCAUAUAUUUUCAUCAUAAUCAAAUUUUCACUUUUUCUUUAUUUGUAUUCUAUUUUUUGCUUUGACAUUUAUAACUUCAGUGAUUUUAAUAAAACAUCUCUUUUGUGUUGCUCUUGUCUUACAAAAACUUCGUUUUAAAGAAAAUUGGCUAUAAAUUUAAAAUAAAAGAACUAUCUAUGAAUUGAUUAAUAUGAUGAAAAACUCCGUUUUUUCAGUAUUUCUUCGUAAUUACAUUUUUAUAAAAAUAUAAACAUGGAAAAAGUUGUUUGGUUUUUCAACUAAACUACAUUAAUCAACCAAUUACAUCAAAUACAAUUUUAGAUAGUAUUCUUGUUGUCUAUCAGCAUUUAUUCUACAUCUUAUAAUGCGAAGGCUUACUUUUUAUAUUGAUUCUGCUGAAUUGUGGUUGAAAUUUUUCUCACAAACUUGGGUGCUAAAUUCAUGUAGCUUUAUUUUUGCAUUGUUACUGUUUUUAUAAGACUGGUGAAAAUUUUGUAUUCCUUACUAGUAGCAUAAAUAGAAUUUUUAUCGGGUCAUUAAGCGAAAAGAAAUACUUCCCUUGUAAUACCAAACUAUUCAGAAUUUUCCUUAAAAUAAAGAUAUCUAGGUGUCUGAAGCUUAAAAACGGACAUUCCUUGUGCUAUCUCAAGCUCAUUAUGCUAUACAUAUAUGCCUUUUUAUGAUAGAAUUAAAAUUUUUGUAUUCAUAAGUUUUUCUGUUUAUAAAAAGAAAUAAACAUAGUAACACAUG